UUCGAACAAAAAAGUGGGGAGUGAGAAUCAUAAAAAACAAAACAAAAAAACUAACAAAUAAAGAGAAAGCGGCGCAAUAUAGCGACGCUCUGGUUCAACAUUGGAGAGGGGCAGGUAGGAACGAUGGCCGCCCUCGCUGCCCCAUCCAGCAGGUAAGAGUCUGAUGGGGUUGCGCGGCAGGUCGAGAACGUCCAAGCCCAUCCGCAAGAGAGCUACGCAGCCACGAGGCUCUAACCAUCGGUGCUCUCGCUUCAGAUUAUAGAGGACACAGUCGAAAAUAAUCUCAAUCCGAGUUUAGCUCUUCUUCUCUCUCGAUCUCUUUUCCUCUCCUCAUCCAGUUUCGAUUAGGUGUUUGUUUGUUUUCUCCGAUGCGGAUCCUACCAUCUGCAAUUUUUGACUGGAAACUAAUUUAACUGUCAAAUGCAGUCAGGUUAAAACAGAGUAGCAAAUAGCAAAACUUGUGCGUGAAUAAAAUACAGUGUGUCUACUAUUACUUUUCUCUUACUACCAAACAAGAACAAAAACAAAAAACAAAAACAAAAGAGCUUUCCUUUAUUUAAUCCGGCCGGAAGAGGAUGCGUUUGCCUAGAGACUCCGUUGGCGUCCCAAUAGCAGCAGAUACAUCUCUACGUUCGUCCUCAUCUUUGAUCUCGUCGUCCUUGUCCUCUUGCAAACUGUUAGGCAACAAAGAAAACGUCCAGCCUCCGGAAGGCAACGGAAGUGGUGGUGGUGAAUCUUCCACAGCAGCCAAUCUGCUUUGGCUUUUAGAUUUCCGGUUGGACAAUCUUUUGCCCAAUGAUGGAAACACUGCCGACAAGAUGGCUCACGUCCAAGUGAAUAAAGAUACAGGAGAUUCAGCGUCGGCAAACAGCGGCGGUAGCGGAGGAUCGGCCGGAAGAAGCGGUUCCAGCACUUCCCCACCAGCCGUUAAACCUCCCUACACCUACACCGAGUUGAUUGAACAGGCUCUCAGCGAAAAAGGGCCUCUCACAGUAGCAGAAAUCUACCGAUGGAUCUCAGAAAGAUUCCCAUAUUUCAAAGCAAAUGACGACCGUUGGAAGAACUCCGUCCGCCACAAUUUAUCUAUCAGCCCACAUUUCAGAAAGAGUGUUAAAGCACGGACGGGCACGGGUCAUCUGUGGACGUUGGCGUUGCCUCCAUCCGCCAGGACAAUCGCGGCUAAUCUCGCGCAAAAAGCCAAAGAAAAUAAUGUCCAGCCGGAGGAAGUCCAGGAUGAAGUGGCCAGAGCUUGUAUGGAACUACUUCGCGCAGAGGGAUCUCCACCUGUGCAAUCGACAGAAUACGAACCACAACAACAGGAUGGACGCAACAGUCCGCUGACAUUCGAAAGAGCUGCCGAGCUGAUGCUCGCCGAGAGCGGCAACGGCAACUGUGAAGGUCGUGUUCACGUGGAAUUUCUUGCACGACCUCUACAACUUUUAGCUCACAUGGAAAAUGGCUCUUGCUCUCCAGAGUUUUUGAAUCCCAUUCCUCGUGACGAAUUGAUGGAAGAAUCUGGAUUAUUCUCUAUAGAAGAUCCUUUCAAUUCUGAAAUGGAGGAUCCCCAUCAGAAUAACCAGUGUCAAAUUCAAGUGGUAACGGAUGACAUCCAGAUGCAGACGGAAGAGGUUAAUUUUGAUGAAUUUCCGCACGCGGUCAACGAUGCUACCACGAUGUUGUUUGGGGACGACUACCCCCUAUCAUAUUCCUACGAGAUUCUAUAAACACUAUAUGACGAGCGCCCUAAAUCGAGAUAUUAAUGAUGUUUCAAUGUGCAAUUUGGCAGGAGAAAGUCACCUGUUUUUUUGUUUGUUUGUUCUAUUUCUAGUCAAACUUUCGUGGUGCUCCUACUUUUUCUAACAUAGAACAGUAAAAGUCUCUUUGGUUUUUUAUUUCUCCUUUUUCUUACUAGCUUGAUCUUGUGUAAAAGUGAAUUUGUCAAUAAAAAAGAGAAAGCACGUU